AUGUCAUCAAAGCAUUGUACGUUUAGAAACAGUUAUGGAAUAGUACCUUGGUUGUUUAUCGACGGAGAAUGGCACUGUAUUCUACAAAUAAGCUUCUCUUCUCAACUUCUUGACGUCAAAUUAGAUCCAAUGAGAGGAACACCCAAGAACAAGCAAGAGACUCCGGUUGACACUGCCAUUAGAGAAACUUUGGAAGAAUCAGCACAUGUGUUUGAUUUUAGGAAAGCGAAGCCUAACUUCCAACGUUUAUUUAAAGGCCUGUAUCAUGUAAAAAUUGUAUUUGAUAACGAUCAAGAUAUUGAAACGGUGUUGAGUGGUUUCGACAACAAUCAAAGCAUUUUAGAAGAGAAGAAGAGAUCAGAAGUCAACGGCUUGGUUCUUCUCAGAUACAAGGAAACCAAACACCCCAUUCGCCUUGCUGAUCAGAUCGUUGAAAUGAUGAAAACAGUCCCACCAUUUGAUGAGAUGCGGUUAGUAAAGAUGUUUAAGAAGACUUCUGACAACGGAUUGAUUGCCUUUGAAGGAAGAACGGCUUAUGGGUUUAGCAAGCAAGAAACGACAACCAGCAAACAAGACAACACAACGGAGACUUCAUGGAAAGGUUCGUCGUUUAUGCACAAGGUGUUGGAAUCUGAUGAUUUCUUGCUUUCAUUCAGAAAAGAGCAAAUUGUAGAAAAGCUAAUUCAAUACCCACAAGAUCUUGAGAGGGUUAAAACUGAAUUAGCAAAACCCAUCAACAAGGCACUUCGCUUUGAGGAGAUAGAGCAAGAAGUUGAAGCAAGAAGAACAAAACAAACGCAAUGA